AUGGCUUCAGGCGAGCCCCCAGCCAAGAGGCACAAAACCUCGAACCUUCCGGCGCCACUCCGCGAUGCGAAGCGCAAAGACAUCGACAACUGGGAGGCAAACCGGAUGCUAACUUCCGGCGUCGCCCAAAGACGCGAUUUUGAUGGCGACUUCAUGCCGGAAGACGAAGAGGGCACCCGUGUCCAUCUCCUCGUCCACGACCUCCGCCCGCCGUUCCUCGAUGGCCGCACGAUCUUCACGAAGCAGCUUGAGCCCAUCUCGGCUGUCCGGGACCCGCAGAGCGAUAUGGCCGUAUUCAGUCGGAAGGGAAGCAAGGUUGUGCGCGAUCGACGGCAGCAGCGGGAGCGGCAAAAGCAGGCGCAGGAGGCUACCACGGUUGCAGGUACUGCGCUGGGAAAUCUGAUGGGUGUUAAGGAGGAUGAAGGGGAUACGGCCGUUGCGAUGCCUGUGGAGGAUGUCUACAAGGGCGGGAACAAGUUUGCGCAACAUAUGAAGAAGCAGGAUGAGAGGGGGCAGAGCUCCUUCAGUAAGAGUAAGACUCUCCGCGAACAACGAGAAUACCUACCGGCGUUUGCCGUCCGAGAAGAUCUAUUACGGGUUAUCAGGGACAAUCAAGUUGUUGUGGUAGUUGGUGAGACGGGGUCUGGGAAGACGACACAACUUACACAAUUUCUACACGAAGAUGGCUACGCGAACUUUGGUAUGAUCGGAUGCACGCAGCCCCGUCGAGUAGCUGCAAUGAGUGUGGCCAAGCGCGUGAGUGAAGAGAUGGAAUGCGAUUUGGGAGACCUCGUUGGGUACGCGAUCCGAUUCGAAGACUGCACCGGGCCAAAUACAGUCAUUAAGUAUAUGACUGAUGGUGUUCUCCUCCGAGAGUCACUGGUUCAGACAGAUCUUGACAAAUACUCGUGUAUUAUCAUGGAUGAGGCGCACGAGCGCGCGCUUAAUACGGAUGUCUUGAUGGGUCUGCUGAAGAAGAUCUUAGCUCGACGGAGAGAUUUGAAGUUGAUUGUCACGUCAGCUACAAUGAACUCUGAGCGAUUCUCGAGAUUCUUCGGUGGCGCACCGGAGUUUAUCAUUCCUGGAAGAACUUUCCCUGUUGAUGUACAUUUCUCUCGGACCCCUUGCGAAGAUUAUGUGGACAGCGCUGUCAAGCAGGUCUUGGCAAUUCACGUUUCACAGGGGCCUGGGGAUAUCCUUGUUUUUAUGACCGGGCAAGAGGAUAUUGAAGCAACUUGCGAGCUAGUGGACGAAAGGCUGAAACUGCUAAACGACCCACCGAAACUCAGUAUAUUGCCCAUAUACAGUCAAAUGCCCGCGGAGCAGCAAGCAAAGAUCUUUGAACGCGCAGCUCCGGGAGUACGGAAGGUGAUCGUGGCCACCAACAUCGCGGAGACCAGUCUGACGGUGGACGGUAUCAUGUUCGUGGUAGAUGCGGGUUACUCCAAACUCAAGGUUUACAAUCCUAAGAUGGGCAUGGACACCCUUCAGAUCACUCCAAUUUCACAGGCCAAUGCGAAUCAACGGUCUGGAAGAGCCGGUCGGACAGGGCCUGGCAAAGCCUACCGUCUUUACACAGAAGUGGCGUACAAGAAUGAGCUAUAUCUGCAAACUAUCCCGGAGAUUCAGCGGACCAGCCUUUCGAAUACGGUACUUUUGCUCAAAUCACUCGGAGUGAAGGAUCUGCUCGACUUUGACUUUAUGGACCCUCCACCCCAAGAGACGAUAUCGACAUCCUUGUUCGAACUCUGGUCUCUUGGUGCACUUGACAAUCUGGGCGACCUUACACCCUUGGGGCGACGCAUGACCCCAUUCCCAAUGGACCCGCCACUAGCGAAGCUUAUCAUCACAGCUGCAGAACAGUACGGGUGUAGCGAGGAGAUGUUAACAAUUGUAUCGAUGCUAUCAGUUCCCAACGUCUUCUAUCGACCAAAAGAACGACAAGACGAAUCCGACGCCGCGCGCGAGAAGUUCUUCGUCCCCGAAUCCGACCACCUAACUCUUCUACACGUCUACACACAAUGGAAGUCUAACGGCUACUCAGACAGUUGGUGCAUCAAGCACUUCCUGCACGCCAAAACCCUCCGCCGAGCCAAGGAAGUCCGCGACCAGCUCAACGAUAUCAUGGUCGUGCAGAAGUUGCCCCUUGUCAGCUGCGGUACAGACUGGGAUGAGAUCCGCAAAUGUAUCUGCUCGGGUUUCUACCAUCAGGCUGCACGCGUCAAGGGUAUCGGCGAGUUUCUCAACCUUCGGACAUCAGUUAGCAUGGCGCUGCACCCCACCAGUGCGCUCUACGGCCUAGGCUACGUCCCGGAGUAUGUGGUAUACCACGAACUCAUCCUCACCAGCAAGGAGUACAUGUCCACUGUGACCGCUGUAGACCCUCAUUGGCUCGCCGAACUCGGCGGCGUCUUCUACUCCGUCAAAGAGAAAGGCUAUUCACACCGCGAACGCCGCGUCACGGAAUUCGAGUUCAACCGCCGCAUGGAAAUAGAGUCCCAGAUCGCCGCGGACCGCGAACGCGCGGCCGCGGAGAAGCAGCGCGAGAAGGAAAAGACCGAGUCCUCAAGACGCAGAAAUGAGGUCGAGGUUGGUGGCAAGUCAUCUGUUGUGCGAAGGCCUGCAGCCGCUGCGAGGAAGAUCGGUGGUGUUACGGCGUCAUCGGCGCUGAGGAGCAAUGGGUCCAGUACUCCUAAUGGAGGAGGCGGUGGUGGUGGUGGAAGUGUGGUCAAAAAGCCGCUGAUCAAGCGUAAAGGGGGCCGCGCAUUCUGA